GUAAGGUACUGUUCUUACAUUUUAGUGCAAGUUUAUGGUGUGUUUUACUACUUGUGUUGAUUAGUUUGUUGUGUGUAGCUCUGUUUCUCUCUUUAGUACAUUUUGGGUUGGUAAUUUUGUCACAAUCAUUUAGUUCUAUCAUUUUUGUGACGAAUCACGAUAUGACGUAAUGUUUUCAAAGAAACCCAUUCUUCCUGCCAGACCAGAACCACCUACUCUCGAAAAUAUACACGCUGAUAUACAAGAUGCACAUGAAAACGAUGUAGUUUUCACAUACUUUCAAGAGCAGCCACCUACAAGCGAUGAUAGUUUCCUUAGUGAUUCUACCAGCUCUCUGAGUGUGCUUCAUGACGAAUUACUGGACAGCGGUGGAAAACCCAAGUCAGAUGUUGAACUAACUUAUAGUAAAGUCAGCACCUUCAUUGAAGUUAACAAAGCGCUUGGCAACUCACUCUCUGAGCAAGGAAAUCUUCGAGAAAACCUAGAACUGCUGAAGGUUGCUCUACUUAGAGACAAGGAAGAACUUCACCAGUCAAUAACAUCACUGAAAGAGAGUAAGAAGACAGGUUAGACACACGCCACACGCACACAUAUGCAGACACGCACGGACACACUGCCACAACAAUGUCGUCGACUUUAGGUGCGUCUGAAUCGUCGAUACUUCUGAAACAGGGAGCGGAGUCAAAGAUUCAUGCUGUGACGUUUCUUGGUCUGCCAACUGUCGUCAAGGAGCGAUUUCCAAAGACAUACCGGCAUCCUGCUCUUGACGCUAGCUUGACGAGAGAGAGGAUGAAGGCAGAGUUGCGAGCCAUUGCAAAGUGUAGGCAGAUUGGCGUCAGAGUUCCAGUUAUCUAUUUUGUAGAUGAGCAAAAAAGUUCGAUCUACAUGGAGCACAUCCAGAAUUCCAAUACAGUUCGCGACUUUAUACAGAAGGUACAGGCGGGUUCUGGCGAUGCGCAGAGGCUCUUAGUGCCCCUCAUGGCCAAGGUUGGAGCGAUCAUUGGUACCCUACACAGCAAUAAUUUGAUUCAUGGUGAUCUGACGACAUCAAAUAUGCUUCUGCUUGAACCAGCAGCAGAUGCCAACAUAAUUCUAAUUGAUUUUGGUCUUAGUUAUGUUGAAGCAAGUGCUGAAGACAAAGGUGUCGACUUGUAUGUCCUCGAGAGAGCAUUUCUAAGUACACAUCCUAAUAGUGAAGAGCUGUUUGCUCAUAUUAUCAGUGCAUAUCAGGAGGCAAAUAAAAAAGGUUUACGUGAGGUGAUGAGUAAAUUUGAAGAGGUUCGUUUGAGAGGUAGAAAGCGGUCUAUGGUUGGAUAAGAUCUACUGGUUUCAACUAUGAUAAUGAUUAUAGGAUACUAUGAUUGCAUAUGUGUUUCCACAAAAGCUUAGCAGCUUUUCAUAUUCCCGUAAAAUUCACACUGUUGUUAUUCAUCAUGGUUAAGAGGAUCGUGUAAUUUGAAAAUUUUUAUAUUAUAAAAAUGUCAAGUUAUUGUUGUAUUCAA